AUGAAACUUUUAGCGGUAUUUGGCGCGCUCGUAAUACAGUGCGCCGCGGCAAAAUCAUGGGACAGUGAUAGUAAGUGAAAGCGUGUUUACCUCGACGAUUCAAGUCACUUCCUUCCUUGCUCGUCAGGUUAUUCGGAGGAGAUGUUCUCCAUGUUUGGCUGGAUCGGUUAUCUAAAACGUUUUUCUCUGACCGUGUUGAUGUUGUCCGUUGUGGUUCUCUACUAUAUCCCAGAAUCGCGACCAUCUUAUUUAAUACUAAGAUUUUACUUUACACUAUGCUCAUACAUUACUCAUAAGAUGUUAUUAUUAUUUAGUGGAUUUGUAAAUUAUUAUCGAAAUAUUGACGCGCGCCGAAUUUGUUACAUGUUAAUCGAUCUCACAGCAAACGGCUUGAAAUCCGCCCUGAGCGCCCGAGAAAGCGAAUACAUGUGCGAGAAAAUUAAAUCCAAGUACCAUCGUGCCCGGCACGAGCAAUCGUUAGCAGCGCAGAAGUGUGUCCUGCAAGAAAUUCGGGACGACUAUGAAAAUUUCGCGCAACCUCGACGAAGCUUCACCAAAAAGCCGAAAAUCUUUAUCGACGCGAACAACGUAGGAGGGAGAGAUACGAAGAAAGAUCAUCGACCGUCGCGUCAUCGUCUUCGAAGCAGCAUGAUUAAAAACGAUCCUUGCGUGGAAAUCGCCAAACCGGCCUAUUUCUACUCCGAUAAGACGAACGAUGUUCAAAAAUACUUGAAAACCAACGUGUCUGGCACGAAACACGCUAAUGUUGAGAAUUACGCACUUCUAAUCAGCGGCAGCCCGCAGCAAAUGGCAAUGUUAGAUCAAAAAUACGAGAAGGACGAUAUGGUGAUUGUCCAAGAUCCUUAUAUGAGGGUAGAGUACAAGGAAUGUGGUACAUCCAUUGAUAAACUGUCGUCGAAAGCAGAAGCCUCGAGUUCGGAACAAGAAGGACCUACCAGAGAUCAUAACGAAGAA